AUGAUGAGUACAUCCCCACCAAGGGCAACAAAUCAAACUACCGUUCGGAAACUCCCACUGGAGUAUUCGAAGGCAAGACCACCAAGUCCGAGGAGAACUUCCGAAGACUUCCGUUCCGAGGAGGUCCCAAGCCGAGACCCCGCUAUCCGUCUGCUUUUCCAGAGAAUCCAGAAGAUGGAAGAUGACCGAACACGGUCCCAGGUUCCUGACUGGGGAAAACUUCGGCCAGGACCAUUCACCGAACGCAUCAAAAAGUCCAGACAGGACAGGGAGGUGCAGCCGUUACGCAUACCAUUUUAUACCGGCGUGGAGGACCCUUUGACCCACCUUCACUCCUUCCAAUCGGUAGUUGGAUGCAAGGGCCUUAGCAACGAGGGGCAAUGCCUGCUGUUCCCAUCAUCCCUUACCGAAGCCGCUCUGAACUGGUUCUACCGUCUUGAGCCAGGGACGGUAGACUCCUUUUGA